AUGGAAAACUCGCGCCAGCAUUCUGGCUGCGGAAAUGUGGAGAGCAGUGGCCUUCCAUUAACAAACCAGCGGUCGAAAGGUGCAGGCCGCUUAGUACGUAAAACCAGUGCAGAGAUAGUGAGUGAAGCUAAAAGCAUGCUAGCCGGAGGAGGCACACGGUUGGUGUCUGCCCGCCGACCAAUCACACCACGUGAACCGAGGAGGCAACUGUACGGUCGGCUUGCUCCUCCGGGGCGACCACCAAGUGCAAUAAAUUUGAAGUAUUUACAGCAGGGAACCCAUGCAUUGCCCUCGCUAGAACCCAUCCUGCCGAAUGGUUCUGCAGCGUCCACCUCCACACGGUCGGAAACCGUUGAGGGAAUCAGUAGUACAGGAAGUGAUGGCGCUGGACAUAGUGCAGCUGUGCCUAUAGGCAGAGAAAAGCUUCCGGCCCUCGUCAGUAUUCAGCAAAAGUUGCCUGGUUCAUUAGAAAAUGUUACCGACUAUGAUCUGCAGGAUGGGAACUCACUGAAACAGUCGAAGAAACCAGUUGAAUCUCUUUCAACACAUGGUGCAGUGAGUAGUAUCGUGAAGAAUCAUCCCUUGAAAAGGCGCCAGGUACAGUCGUUUGAUGAGAAAAUACCAACAGCUAUUUCAAUUACAGUACCAACAGAUGCUCGUAAAAAUGCGCAUGACGAUCAAUCGAAACUGCUCAGAAGAAGUAAUGAUUUGCUUCUGCAAUCCUCGACGGAAUCAUUGUUGGAGAUGCUGAAAGCAUAUUCAGGUUUAAAAGAAUGCGAUGAAAGUACAGUGGCUCAUAUAAGUGCGGUAUUACAUGAACUAUACGUAAGAGUGAAAGAUUCUAAGGGGAGCUGGCGUGGUGCCGUAUUGGGAGCGUUGUACGGAUUGGUCGAAGCCUCAUCAUCGAAGAUUCUGCUACUGGUGGCUAGCAUAGUUUUGGCAAUGAAUGUCACGGGAAGCAACCUUACUGGAGCCUGUAAGCUUGUGUUCAAGAUAGCUCGCAAUGAAAAUAACGAUAAUUUAUUCAUUGACAGCGAUGUGCCUGAGCUGCUAGUUGACGGACUUGGACGUGCAUCGCCAAUCGACGAUUCGGAGGCCUGCAUUUACGGCUACGGAGCCGUACGAUUUUUAACUGGUUCGUCGAACGGAACCAACAAUACUACGACUACGAUUAAUGGUAGCGAAGUUGGGGACAACUUGCCGCAACGAUCGUUAGCUGUUCGAUUGGCCAAACAGGGUCUCUGUCAGCUGAUGGUGUUACAUUUAAAAAUGAUAAACGAAAUAGCGUCCACCACGCAACUAUCCGGAUCACCGUUGCACGCACUGUUUCAGUUGUCGGGUGCAUUACGCACAUUGGCAGGAAAUCGUUCCAUCGUUGGGUCACGCGUUUGUCAGCAGCAUGAAGAACAGCAAAACCCGCCGACAAACCACCAACCGAAGCUUAAAGACGAUGAAGAUCAAGAUAUAGCUCAAAUUGAGCAAGCUGUACCGUUGUUAGUACGCGCCGCUGAGAUGUGCAUCAAAGAGCCCGAAGUGCAAGCUAACAUUAUUCGCACACUGAGCGUUCUUUCGGAACGGGCAGAAUGUUGCGAACGGUUGGCUGUUGCUGCGUCACGUUUGGGCAUUUUGCUGGGUUCCAUUACGCAGACUUGUCAAACGGUGGAGAAAGGUUUGGCAACGUGCAACCGUUUGGGAUACAUUCUCGGCAAUGUUAUGGCCCGCUGGGACACAGCGCGGAUUCAGUUCUACUGCUGUGAUGUGUCAUGUGAUGCAUUAUUAGCCACAUUGGAGUACUACGCAAACAAGAGCUUCACAAUGAGGAAUCAAAUGGGCGACUCGGUCGUGCAGGUAUUGACAAAGUUAAUUCGAAUUGUAGCAAACAUGUGCGUGAACGGAGACGUUGGUUACGGGAUGAGCAAACGGUCACCAUUGGGUGAAAUUCUUUUGAACAUUCUGCUGAAGGUGAAGGAUGCAAAGACCACAGAACUGGAGGAGCUUUUGUUUGCAACGUUGGGAGCAUUGCAUAAUCUAUCGUACUACUAUGAAACUACUGAUUCAGAAGGAACAGGUCACUUGCAUCCUGGAAGCUUAGGCGAGUCAAUGAAGGAUAUCUGUGGAACAUUGUGCGUCAUUCUCAACAGCGAUCACAAUCCGGCACGUUCGGAAGUGGCCCGUGUGCUUGGUAACAUGACUCGGAACACUACGAUACGUCAAACGUUCUGCGAGGAAAAUGGAAUGAAGAUCCUGAAGCGAUGUUUGACAUCGAAACACGACGAACUUAUGGUUACGUCCUGUGGCGUUUUGGUGAACAUGCUUGGCGAUUGGUCGAGCAGGCUUCCGUUCCGCGUAAUCGAUGGACCCAUCAUACUGAGACGCUUGCUGCAGAAAGGUGUUAGUAACCGAGAUUGGAUUAUGGCUGGAAUCGCAUGUCAAGCUGUAUGGAAUUAUUUGAUAGAUACAUCGGAUAUUUUGACCACCUUAGGACAGACGGAAAUCGACUUAAUUUGUGGUGCGUUGGCAGAAGGAUUAGAUGAGGACAGUUUAUUCGAUGGAAAGGAACCGGAUAAUUUUUGGGAAGACUUUGCACCGGUCGCAACCGAUUUAUUGGAACGAUUACAAAUUUGUAUGUCUAAUGGAAACUCGCCCUGUGAGUCAUCGGAUGAAGAAAUCUAA